AUGAUCCGGUAUUCGGGACCAGGAAGAACCGAAACUAUCUUUCAUUUGAAUAAAUAUACGAAUGCUAGCGCGGCAAUAGAGGAAAUGAAACGAGUGCCACAUAUGGGUGGAACAACUCGGACUGGUGAGGCGAUCACCUAUGCCACUGGCGAAUUCGACCAGAGAUACGGAGCGAGAAAAGGAGCAAAACGCCUCAUUAUCAUUUUCACGGAUGGAUAUUCACAGGAAGAUCCCAGCGAUGCAGCGUUGGAGGCGCGGAAAAGUGGUAUUGAAAUCGACGCAGUGGCAGUAGAAGAUGACCUGGUACCUCCGGACAUGGAUCAGUUAGUGAUGAUAGCCAAUGGCAUUUCGGUUAGUUGUUUGUUGGUGAUCAUUUGA